UUUCGAAACAAACUCUUAUUUGAUAAAUGUAAUCAGUAAGAAUAAUUACAUUUCGUCAUACUGUGUUCUGUUUGUUUUCAAGUUCUCUGAUAAGUCUUUGCAAAAUGUCUACAAGUGAAGCUGAUACUAUGAGUGAUUCAAAUUUAGAUUCUCCGUUUUCUCAAAUGGAAUCACCGUAUAGUUCCCCUUCACAACAAGUACCCCAGCUCGCCAAUAACAUUUCGGAGUUAUCGUGCACAGACAAAUUAUAUAUGCACAAUGGCAGAUGUCCUGAACUGCGCAUUCUGGAGCAACCACAAAACCACUUUAGGUUUAGAUACAAAAGUGAAAUGAUUGGUACUCAUGGCUGUCUUCUCGGCAUAUCAUCAAAUAAGUCAAAAACUCACCCAACUGUUGAGUUACGACAUUAUUCUGGGAAAGCCAUGAUAAGAUGCCGAUUGGCUCGGCAUGACAAACCAGAGGAACAUCCACAUAAGUUGCUUGAAGAUGAUCAGGAUCGGGAUGUAAGCAGUAUUCUUCCAGAACAUGGAAGUUAUAGAGUUGCAUUUAGUGGUAUGGGCAUAAUUCAUACUGCUAAGAAAGAUGUACCAGCAAUGUUGUAUAAAAAGUAUGCUUCGGAAGCUACCCCAGAUACGCCAUACAAUGAAAACAAGCUCCGCGUUCUAUGUGAAAAUGAAGCGAAGAAUAUCAACUUAAAUAUCGUCCGGCUCAAAUUCAGCGCUCAUGAUUUGUUAACUGACAAAGAAAUUUGUCCACCGGUGUUUUCAGAACCCAUUCAUAAUAUGAAGAGUGCGGCCACGAAUGAUCUGAAGAUAUGUCGCAUCAGUCGCUGUUACGGUCGGCCGGAGGGCGGGGACGAUGUUUUCAUAUUCGUGGAGAAAGUUAACAAGAAAAACAUUAAGGUUAGAUUUUUUGAGUUGGACGAAAACGGCGAUCGUGUGUGGACUGCCGAGGCGUCCUUCCCGCCGAGCGACGUACACCAUCAGUAUGGCAUCGUAUUCAAGACCCCAGCUUACUCAGACCGGAAAAUAACAUCAAACGUGAAAGUCCACAUCGAGUUGCUUCGACCGAGUGACGGGAGAACGAGUGAGCCCAGAGAAUUCAUAUACAAAGCGGAAUCAAUAUACAGGCAAACAAAGAAGAGAAAGCCUAACUCUUCCUAUUCAUCUUUUGAUAGCAUGACGGGUUCUAUUAAAAGUUCGAAUGAAUUACCCGUGACCCUAGACUAUAUAAAUCAAAAUGACAACUUCGGUGCGCAAGACACGAUCAUGGACGAAGUUCCCGCAUACACCAUUAAAGUGUCCCCGGUGGCGCGGGCGGGCGCCAGCUCCGACGAGCUGAUGGGCGACGCCAUCUGGAGCCACAGCGUGAGCGCGGGGGCGGAGGUGGGCGGGCCGGCGCUGGCGGCGCUGCUGAGCGCGCCCAACGUGCCCGCGCCGCCCGUGCUGUCGCUGCACUCCUCGGAGAUGGACCGCAUCCUGGGGCGCGGCGUGGAGCCCGAGCCCGACGAGCAGCGCCGCUUCCUGAACGCCGACCUCGCGGAAUAUUUCCAACAUUACGAUGGUACCGACAUGAGUGGGCUAAGUACAAUGGACAUCAUUAAGUUUGGGAUGCUGGUCCCUGAUUCAGGAAGAGUCACGAACAUCAAAACGGAAGAAAAUAGCGGCGGUAUCGUCAAUGAGGAAAAUUCUAAGAAUAUCAAAAAGAAAACAAACACUGAAUAUUCAGCAUUUUACAAAUCAGAAGAUGGAGUCGAAGUUAAAAAACUCGUCAAAGAAUUAUGCGAGAUGAUCAGAAAUAAAACGGGACACAAAAAGCAAAUGGUUAGAAAUAAACUGGAACGACUCUUUGAAAUGCGACUGAGUAAUGGAGAUACGUUCUUACAUAUGACACUAUGCAGCAAUCAGCCUAGUCUAGAGUAUAUCGUGAAGCUCAUACACAGCAUGAGAAUGACGAAGCUACUGAAUUUGAAAAACGACAAGAUGCAGACCAUCCUUCAUCUCGCUAUCAUACAUGAUCUGCCAAGAUUGGUCACAUUCCUCGUGUCAAAAGGGUGCAAUCCAAUGGAGGAGGACGGCGAAGGGAACAACGCCAUCCACUAUGCCGUUAUAUAUCAAACCUGCGUUGGACCUCUUUUGGACGCCAUCAAGACCUACUCCGUCACCUGUGAUAUAAACGCUUACAACAACGAGAAGCAGACGGCGCUGCACCUGGCGACCAUCUACCGCAGCGCGGACAGCGUGUCGCGCCUGCGGCGGAUCGGCGCCAGCGCGCGCCUGCGCGACGCGGCCGGCCGCGCGCCGCUGCACCUCGCGCUGUACGACCGCUGGCGCCGCGGCGCGCUCGACCUGCUGCAGCCCGCCGACCGCAGUUACAUUGACAUGGUAGAUGGAAACGGCUACACUCCUCUUCAAAUUAUAUGUGACGGAGAAUUAACAGAAAGUACCCUCGAAAUAGCAAAGCAUCUUUUGGAAGAGAAAGCGGAUCCAACGAAACACGAAGAGAAUAACCUACCAGCGUGGAAACUAGCUCGUGAUAAACCAGAAUUGCUGCAACUACUGCAGGCUUACAUGGACCCACGAAUCAUCAUGGAAGACGAUAUCAAAUCAGAGCCUGAGGACGAGUUUGAGUCUUCGGACGAAGACGAGGCGGGCGAGCCCUCGCUGGCGGAGCUGCCGCAGCUGGUGGACGAGCUGUCGGCGGCGCUGGAGCGCGGCGCGGCGUGGCGCGAGCUGGCGCGGCGCCUGGCGCGGCACGCGCUCUCCGCGCGACACCUGCUGCUGCAGCUCAAGGACUGUGAUGUUAUCACUACGAAGUCGUUAGCUCUUUUACUAGAGGACAUUGGAGAAGCUGAAGCAGCCUCCAUCGUAAAAAAAUAUAUAUAUUACUGAAACGAAAUUAUAAAAUGAACUGAAGAUUACUAUAGUGCACUCAGAGUCGUGAUUUCAAAAAACUUUAUAUAGAGCUAAAAAUUGGUACAAAUAGUAGGUAAUCUAAAGUGCAAUAAAAAAAGUUCUCCAGGUAACUUUCAUUUAAUUUCUUACAAUCUUGCAACUUUUUUAUAAUUUAGGCGGUAUUAAAUUACAUAGGAUACAAAUAUUAUUUUCCGACUU